CAGGACUAGUUUCUCUCAAUCUGGAUUGGCUGUCAAACUCUACCUAACGAAAGAUUUCAGUUGCAAUGGCCAGGUUACUGUUUAUGGCCAUGCUUCCAGAACGGGUUUAGGGCGUUUGUUCCUGGAGCCAUACGUCAUUGAACAUUCAAACCGAAUUGUGCGCUGCUUUUGCCAUCACGGGCCUCAUGAAUCCGACUCCUCUAAGCAACACAAUAAUUCAACACCACGACAAGACGCGAGUAUCAUUUUGCAUUUCCUCGGAUUUUUGCACGAGAAGGCACUGUGGGACUGACUAAUGGCCCGCCACGAACAAUACAUGCUGCGCGUCACGGCGGGGCAUACGUAUGACACAUCCAAGCAUCAAGAUGUGCACGUCAACACCGAGAAGCCCAUAACCAUUUUUUCGGAUCACAUUGAAGCGAAGCUGCAUGUCCGGGUGAAAGACUAUAGAGGUCUCCCACCAGGCUCCCCAUCCACGUCUCCUUACUUCUCCACGCCUCAACAUCCGUACGAUCGCUACUCGAUAAGUUUUUCAUUCAAACCGAAGAGAUCCAUAGCAGGGCACCACCUCGUUUUCGGUAACGACUUUGCGCAUCCGAUCCGGGACCGGCUACCCCCUCUUUUCGACAAAGCCUUCAGUAUCGUCAAGUGGUGGAUAGACCCCGGACUGGACGGCGAGGUCUACGGCGACGAACCUUACCUCUACGGACCUCUUCUCAGCAGCAUCAACGUGCUUCGGAUAGGUAGCAAGAAUCAGGUCACGCUGGAAAACAAAGUAGAAGACCGGGAAGAGGAAGAAGUGAUUGCGUACGAGGAAGGCGCAGAAGGCGACGGCAUCCCUGUGAGAGAGGAGCUCGGCAUACCGUCCCUCGCGUCACAGCGGCAAAAGCACUUUCUGAGGGAGGAGAAUCGGCAGAACUUUGAGUUUGAGGAGGGGAGGGAGUACAAGUGCGACUUCUUCAACCCGUAUCUGGAUUUCAAUGAGUUUUCGUUGAAGCUGGGAUAUGGCCUGCCGGCGAUAAGCAUCGUCAACUAUUGGGACGGCCAGCCAUUACGUCCUCACACUCUCAGAUAUGUACUCAAGGACCGGAGCACAAAUACGGAGCUCCUCGUCGUCAUCUUCCAGCUGGUCCCGACCGAGGAAGCGAAGGAACAGGGAGCUCAGAGCCCGGAAGAGAUGUUCGACUCGGUGCAUGGUGGAAAGGAGAAAGCAGACGCAGAUGGUACUGACGAUUUGGACUAGGCAUCGCGCACCACCAAUAUUACCAUUUCACGGGCCCGGGUGGGAUGCGGAUAAUGCAAGCUUUUGAUACAUGAUACACUGCAGUUAUGAAGGGCAAUACCCAAAGGUCGCUUUACUUGAAGUCAACGCCAAGAUAGAGUCUCAC